AUGAUCACCAUGGGGAUCCAAAUCCCCUUCAGGUUGUCAUCACGGGAGGACAUUAAUGCUUUCGCCGAGUUCGGAGAGAGACACAGGCGCUGCGAUGCCAGCGAGUGCCUUUGUCCAGGAGGCAGGCAGGAGGCAGAGGAGCAGGGGCCCUGGGAACUGCUCCUGUGCUCCUCCUGUGCUGCUGAGGGCACCCACAGACACUGCUCUGGCCUGAGGGACAGCGUAACCAGCUGGGAAUGUGAUGGCUGUGCUGGUCUGGGCACAGCCUCCCGAGAUGACUCAGGGCUUGCUGGUGUCAGCGUGGCCAGACAGUCAGGACUGGAGCCUUCUGACAGCUCCAGGGAACCUGAAACCAUCAGCCCCAGCACAGGCAGCCUGGUGCUACCAGGGCUGUCUCCCAGUUCUCCAGCACUGGAGACCGUCAGCCCCAGCCCCAGCGCCCAGCUGCCAUCUCCUGGAUCUUCAACACCAGAGACCAGCAACCAGUCCCGCCAGCCAACGGGACUGGUUAAUGCAGCCAGUGACAGGAGCCACUGGGAGGGACUGGGUGUCCCUGGGUGUCAUUAUCUAGUUAACUAAACCAAGUCCCUUCACUGUAAACCUUAGACAAGGGAAAAGGGAGGUAACUUGGUUUAUGUCUUUAGAGGGGCCCAAUUCAGUUUUACCAUUUGUUUUUCUUUUCUCUCUCCAGGUUGUAUUGACCUUAGGCUGUUUUCUUUUUAAUUAGCUCAAAUCA